AUGAAUCCACCAAGCAACAAUGUCUUCGACCAGGUCCGGUCGAAGCUGCGGCAGUCCCGCUCCAGUAUGGUGUUGACCACCUCUACAUAUCCUUCAUAUGAGCAACCCAAUUGGGAUAAUGUUCCCGUGGCAUUUCGGCCGGUUGAGAGGGCAGAGGUGCGAGUGGUACAUGGGUACUACCUGGAUCGACCUCUUCCUGGACCGCCUCCCCGUCCACGAACAACGUCUCCUGCUCCGCCUUUCCAGCCGGGGCCAGCCAUGAACGUUGACCAUCUCAGAAAUCCUACCCCUCGCACACACCGCAGCAGAUCGGCUGAAAUUCCGCAGAGGGAGUGGUCAGGUCUACAUGCUCAAGACUUGAGCUUCCCGAACAAGAGGGCAAGCGUCAAUAUUGCUAUUGCCCUUCCACCGGAUCAUCUCGAGCCUCCUCCGCCAUACUCUCGCUAUCCCUCUCCGCCAUCUGGAAAUCCGACGCCUCCACAACCUCCACGGGUUCAAGAGCAGCCUUUCAUCAAACCGUAUAACCCAAUUGAUUACGUCCGUCCGCCGAGUCAGGAACCGAGACGACUGCCUGAGCAGGUGCCCAUCAUUGCUGCCCCAGAGCCACCCACCCCCGUUUCCCCUAUCAAUGCCCUGGAUUUACAGUACUUGGCCAUGAGACGCCCGCCAGCCACCAAUAGCCAUGUCACCAUUGACGGUCUUCUAGACCAUCCUAUGCUGCAACACAGAUGA